GCUUAAGAUGCUUCCAUAAGUUGCUCCUUUGUAUUUCCAAUUAAUUUACAUACAUUUUUGAUACCUUUUCACUAACCGGGAUAAAAUUACAAACAGGCUGGGACAAGUCGUACAAAAACCUUUGUCAAAUUUUUUUUAAUUUAAAUUUUAAAAAUGUAUUAAUUUUUACAAAUAUAUUUUCGAACAAAAUUUAAACGUCAUUAUACGAAUGGUUAUUAAUUUUCGAAUUAGGAAGGUUCGAGUUCGAAACCGUUUUAAUUUAUUAAAACGAGUGUAAAGAAAUUGAAGUGUCUUUUGGUUUCAAAAUGUACAAGUUUUCUGAAUGGAAUGAUACUGGAAGGAACGAUGACUCUAGCAUUGUUAAUCCUAAGAUGCAACCAUAUAAUAUUUUGUUUUUAUUUGUUAGCAUUGCUCUUGGAGCUCUAGUGCGAUUUUUAUUGAAGAAAAUUCGUCUGCCUUACACAGUUGUAUUAUUGGUUUGUGGUGCUCUGUUUGGUUUGGCUUCCUCCAGAUUCUCCAGCUUAGAAAAAUACACGCAGAUUACAAGAAUGGAUCCUCACGUUAUUCUGCACGUCUUUUUACCCAUCCUCAUCUUCGAAUCUGCUUUCGCUCUCGAUGCUCAUACUUUUCUAAGAUGUUUCGCUCAAUGUUUAAUCCUCUCUGUUCCUGGAUUGAUUGUUUCUUCUGCAUUAACUGCCGUGUUAUCUUAUAAAAUAUUUUCCGAAUAUCAGUGGAAUUGGGCAACUUCUUUUCUUUUUGGCACCAUUCUCAGUGCUACAGAUCCUGUUGCUGUAGUAGCGUUGCUUCGAGAGUUAGGAACAUCGAAAUCGUUAUCCACUAUUAUCGAAGGUGAAUCGUUACUAAACGAUGGUUCUGCAAUUGUAGCGUACGACAUCUUAAGAGAAUUAGUGGUACCAGGAACUACUGUAACAGCUACGCAGAUUUUCUUGAAAUUUUGUCAGAUUGCUUUAGGUGGACCAGCGCUUGGUUUUAUAGUCGGAAAAUUAGCAGUGUUCUGCCUUUCGCAUAUAUUUAACGAUGCCGUUAUUGAAAUCACAGUAACGUUAAGUGCUGCAUAUUUGACAUACUACCUUGCAGAAGUUGUUUUACAUGUUUCUGGAUUGUUGGCAGUUGUCAUUUUGGGUGUUGUUAUAAGUGCUGAGAAAGCUAGCAUUAGUCCCGAAGUUGAAGGAUUUGUCCACAGAUUUUGGGAGAUGCUAUCUUACUUUGCAAACACGGUAAUUUUUAUAGUAGUGGGCCUAGUUAUAACAGAAAGAGCAGCAAGUCAUAUAGAAGAACAAGAUUGGUUUCAUAUUUUAGUGACAUAUGUUGGCGCUACAUUUUUCAGAUUAGUAAUGAUAGUGCUGUUUAGUCCUCUACUCUCUAGACUCGGUUACGGAUUAAAAUGGCAAGAAGUAAUAGUUAUGACUUGGGGAGGUCUUAGNUUGAGAAUCAGCUUAAAGGAGUUUAAGGCAAGUAUGGGUUGGUGUAGAAGAAUGAUGAAAAGGAACGGUUUAUCACUACGACGGCGGACAACUCUCGCGCAAAAUCUUCCUGACGACUUUAAUAAAAAAUUGUUGGCUUAUCAGCGCCAUGUUAUAUCAUUACGCAAAAAGCACAACUACAGUCUUGGAAAUAUGGGAAGUGCAGACCAAACACCAGUCUAUUUUGGCAUGUCUUCCGACCUUACGGUAAAUAAGAAAGGUGAAGAAACGGACUUAUUGAAGUCAGCUGGUUAUGAAAAGUCCAGAAUUACUGUUAUGCUUGCUGUUACUGCUGACGGACAAAAGCUUCGACCUUACGUUAUAUUGAAACGUCAAACAAUGCCCAAAGAAAAGCUGUGUUCCGGAAUUGUUUUUCGGGUCCAAGAAAAAGGUUGGAUGACAGAGGAGUUGGUAUUAGACUGGUUGAAUGUGAUAUGGGGAAAACGGCCAGGUUCUCUGAGAAACUCCCGCUCCAUGCUAGUCCUUGAUGCAUUUCGAGGCCACCUUACGAUAAGUGUUAAGGAAAAAAUUGAGGCAUUGAAUUCUGAUCUCGUAAUAAUACCGGGUGGUAUGACUUCUCAGUUGCAAGUCUUGGAUGUGGUGAUAAUUGAGAAACGAAUGAAAAAAUUACUAAAUGCACCUACGAGUAUGCUUCCUGCACCACCCAUUGAGUUAUUAAAGAACGUCGAUUGGAUCGCUGGAAAUGAAGCAGUUUUUAAUUUUAUCAAGGAAAGAGCCGAAGUCAUUUGUUUUUCCAAAGGAUGCACUAUAGAGGAAGCAGGAGACGAACCAUCGGGAAUUUACGUUAUAACAGUCGGUCUUGUAAAGGUUGUUGGAAGAAUCGAACCAACUCAAGAUGGAAGUUUACCAAAUGUCGAUUCUUUCCAUUGGUUUCCUAAUCAGCAAGAACUAGAGGACUAUCUGACGGUGGGUAAACUGCUAGGAGAAUUAGGAAUUUUGACAGGGAAGCCAAUGAGCACUUCAGCAAUUGCUGAUACUGAAGUGCAGGUGUUUUACAUACCUUAUAAAGAUAUGAUGGAAGCACUUAAAAUCUUUAAGGAUGACCCAAGUUUAGAGUAUAAAAUGUGGAGGAGUUGUUCCUUAAGGAUUGCUAAACAUGUUUUAAGAAAUCAUCCAGAUUUUCAGGAAUGGCCUUACAGUAGAAUAAUAAUGUAUUUGUCAAGAGCAUAUAUACCUGAUACUAAAAAACUGAACAUUCUGGAUUUGGCAUCUGACAUAGAAGAUAUCAUAUUAAUACAGGGCAUGGCUACUGAUCCACAGAAAAAUGAAUUAUACAAAGGAAUAUGUUACAUACCUUGUACAGUCAGGACAUUAAUCUUUCCGCAAGAUUGCAAAGUGAAACCAUUGAUAGUGUUGAUUGGCAGUAUAGAUCCAAAUCUAGAUUGGUCAGGAGAAGCUAAAUUAAGUCAACUUAAACAAUCAUCUAUGACCUUGAAGAGCAGAAAGCGCCUAUCUAGAAUGUAAGAAGAAUUGCCAAUCAUUAUUUAAAAUCAAGAAAAAUUGUAUAGAAGUUUACAAAUGUAAUAUAAAUUUAAU